UUGCAUCAGUACAAGUCAAGGCACAUAGCAGAAACCACCGCCUGGGGGUAAAGACGCUCAGAGCUGGAUCUGCUGUUGUGUUGGAAACCACUCAGUGAGAAGUAGUCGAGCUGUGCCUCUCUGUAUCGCACACAGCAGUUGAGUUAGCUCUCCUGCAGUCCUCCAAGCCAACUUUUCCAUGCAACUGUUGCGCGUCUCCACUUUGGAUAGAAAUAGUCGGAUCACUGCGCGCCGCAGAGCGCAAAGGAUCUGAGAAGAGUGGGAGAGAUCUCUCCUCCGGACUGCGAUACGAUGAGGAAAUUUUGAGGUGCAGAACUCAUCCGUCCACUUUACGCUUCCGUUGGCUGUUACCAAAGGGCUAGCCCAUGAGCAGGUAUCCUCUUCAGUGUGAUUCUGUUUUCACCCAGAUCUCUGCUGCCUGGACAAAUGCAUACAAAUGCAUUUAGGAGCUCAACGGACAAGGAGUGGACACGUUUCCGCGGCAGCAACGUGGAACUUUAUCCUGCUCCUGUCAGUAUGCUCAGCAGUACUCUCUGGAGAAGAAGACUACCUAGCUCAAGGAGUGGAUAUCCUCUAUCGACUGGGGCUUUCAGCUCGAAGCAGCACAGAAAAGAGGACAAGCCCACCUUCGACUGCUCACACCACUGUUCCCUCACCUUUCAAUCUUCCUGUUUCUGGAUAUGGGGUAUUAUUCGACUCAAACUCCCUUUACGAGGCUCCGGCAGCCAGUCUGUUCCCACCUGAGAUUGGCGAGGAGUUCUCUGUUGUGGUUAGCCUGAGCUCCUGGCGAGCAAACAAUGCUUUUCUUUUUAGUGUCAAAGAUGGCAGGGACAGACUGCGUUUUGGCAUUCAGCUGCUGCCACGCAGAGUGGUGGUUUACACUGCAGAGAAAGCCUCCAUCUACUUCACCUACAACUGGCAGGAUGGGCGCCAGCACCCUUUUGCUGUUGGUGUUCGUGCACACUCGGUGUCAUUCUAUGCGGAUUGUGGAGCAGUACAGCAGCGGGAGCAGACCCUGGGGAGAUCUCACACACUGGGAGAUUCUGGGGGUCUCUUCACUCUUGGCAGGAUGAACUCUAAAGCGGCAGCAUUUCAUGGUCGAGUCUGCCAACUAGAUGUCUAUCCGUCUGCCGAAGCUGCCGCACACUACUGCAACUACCUUAAAACACAGUGCCGGCUGGCCGACACUUACCGAUUGCCUUUGCCGCAUCCGAGUUUGGAUAUUAAGGCAAAUGACCCUCCUUCCGACCCUUUGACAAAGCCCCUUGUUGGAGUAGCAGCUACCCAUCACACUCCCUUAAAAGCUACAGCAGCUUUCAAACUGUCCCCAGGUAAUUCGGCCAUGCAGUAUUCAACACUGAGCCCAUCAGGACAACCUCAUCUGAGGGGUCAGAGCCACAUUUCCAAAUCGGAUCCCCUUGCUUUCUCCACCUCAUCUUCGUUUCAGCGUGACAGCCCUACCUUAGCCACCUUGAGCGGACGAGCAGUUCUGGAUCUCGCCUAUAGCACAACUAUCACCACUAACAAAAAUGUGUUGGCAAAAGGGAGUAGCCCGCAGGGGGACACUGAUCACUCUGAAAACAGCACAGAGGAAGAGAUCAGCUCUGGGAGCCUGCAGUCUCCAGAUGCCACCCCAGGCCUAAUUUCCCCAGUCAGGCAAAGUCGGGUGAAGGAAGGACUCAGUAACAGCACCAUUAACAGCUCCAGGGACUCUCACUCUGGGCCUAAACAGACUCAUCAGCUCCUGAAGACUCAUCUGAGAGUCAAUGGCACCACUUUGUACCGAGAGAAUCCGGUGGACACCUCAGAACAGCACGAGCUGGAUGGCAGCUAUGAGGAUGUAGACAUGGGAGGAUAUGAUUAUGGGUAUGAGGAUACAGACUAUUCCUAUGACUACGAAGAUGGUUUCCGUGGCCCCAAAGGAGAGCCAGGUUCUCCGGGUCCUCCUGGUCCCCCUGGUUUACCUGGUCCUUCAGGAAAAAGAGGUUCUCGGGGUCCCAACGGUCCGCAUGGAAGCCCAGGACAGCCUGGACCACCUGGGCCCAAGGGCUCAAAGGGAGACCCAGGGCUGUCUCCAGGCCAGGCUCCACCAGGAGAGAAGGGUGACAGAGGUUCACCAGGUCUGCCUGGGCUCGAUGGAUUUCCAGGUCCAAUGGGUCUUAAAGGUUAUCCAGGGUCAGCCGGACUGCCAGGAGAACAAGGCAUUCCAGGACCUCCAGGGGAAGCCGGGGCUGCAGGUUACCCUGGCAGGCAGGGCUUAGCUGGGCCACAAGGUAACCCAGGGCCUAAAGGUGUCCGUGGUUUCAUUGGGCCUCCAGGUGUUGCUGGGCCACUGGGGCUAGAGGGGGACAAAGGUAUUCGUGGUCCUUUUGGAAAACCUGGCCUCAAAGGAAGACACGGUGUGGUGGGAGAUGUGGGGGUGAGGGGGCCUCCUGGUCCUGAUGGCAAUGAGGGGCCUGUUGGUGGGAUUGGCAUUUGUGGCUUUCCUGGUCUGAGGGGGGAGGCUGGGCCUGAGGGACUGCGAGGACUGCCUGGUUUGGCGGGGCCUCAGGGGCCAGCAGGACCAGCCGGCCUGCCUGGAUUGAAAGGUGAUAAGGGUGAAGUGGGACGAAUGGGCGAACCUGGAGAGAUGGGGCACCAAGGUGAUAAGGGUGUUGUGGGUGCACCUGGUCCUACUGGGCCAAAAGGGAAACCUGGACCACCGGGUAAAAUUGGCGACAUCGGGGCACAGGGACCACAUGGACCUCCAGGACCAGAGGGAUUUCCUGGGGACAUUGGACUACCAGGGCUCAACGGUCCACCUGGACCAAAGGGUUUGCAGGGUGCCAGAGGGCCCCAAGGCCCGCCAGGACCACAGGGAACACAGGGUGAUGAAGGACCACUCGGCCCACCUGGCAGCACUGGCCCUACCGGGAGACCUGGAAGGAAAGGCUACAUAGGCGAACCUGGCCCGGAUGGUUUAGAGGGAGAGAAAGGGGACAUGGGAAAUGUUGGAAAAAUCGGACCACAAGGUCCACUAGGCGUCAUUGGGAUAGCUGGUGUGACGGGAGUUCCUGGUGAAAAGGGCGACCGAGGACCAGCGGGUCCAACAGGUCCAGUCGGGGUGAAGGGGCCAAUGGGGUAUCCAGGGUUGCCAGGAAGUCCAGGGGACUUCGGCCUGCAAGGUGCAACAGGUCUACAGGGGCAGAGGGGUACUGCAGGCAUUGCUGGGCCAAAGGGCAGGAGGGGGCCCCGGGGUCCAGAUGGCCCACUGGGAGAACCAGGCCCUGAGGGCACCACGGGUGAAAGGGGUGACAUCGGACAAAAAGGAGAGCCGGGAUUCAUCGGCAAGGCUGGCACUCCAGGAGCGAGAGGCCCUCCAGGGAAGAAUGGUAAACCAGGUAUUCCAGGCAGCACCGGGGAGAGGGGACCCCACGGUGAACCAGGACCCAAAGGACCUUCUGGAGAAGCUGGACCUGAUGGAGAGCAAGGACCCGAAGGUGGGCCUGGUGCUGAGGGGGAACUGGGUGCCAGCGGAGAGUCGGGGUCAAAUGGUGAGAUUGGGCCUCCAGGAGCUGAAGGGGAGCAGGGACAGGAGGGAACGAGUGGUCUUCCUGGUCCCCCUGGGGAAGAUGGCCCUCAAGGAAAAGAUGGAGCCAAGGGUGAGCCUGGUGAGCGUGGGCCAAUCGGAGAGCCCGGGGACAAAGGAAUAGAAGGAGACCCUGGGCCCCUAGGCCUAGCUGGAGGGCCUGGGAAACAGGGCUUUCGUGGGCCAGAAGGAAAACUAGGGCCACUAGGGAACAGAGGGCGGAACGGAAAGAAGGGAGAAAGAGGUCCUCUGGGGCUUGUUGGUGAGAUCGGCACACGAGGAGACAUCGGCCAGCCAGGCGAGUCGGGGCUGAAAGGUGCCAGGGGAACUCGAGGCACACCGGGUCGGCCUGGAGUCAUGGGGAUAGAAGGGCAACCAGGGCUGGCAGGAUACACAGGUCACUCUGGCAAGCCCGGGCCCAUUGGACCACCUGGGCCUAAAGGUGAAAAGGGUUAUCCAGGCGAGGACAAUAAGACCCCAGGACUCCCAGGGCCCUUAGGUGAACCAGGGCCCCCAGGAGAACGAGGAGAGCGGGGAGAGCCAGGGGAAGAAGGAUAUCAGGGCCAUGUUGGUACCACUGGAUCUCGUGGAGCUGUCGGACCACAAGGCUCACCGGGAUCAACAGGCCUCUCUGGAGAAUCAGGCCCAAUAGGAGACACAGGAGCGCCGGGCUCAGGAGGAAAUAAGGGAGCACAAGGGCUGAGUGGAGCUCCUGGCAUUGAAGGCCCAUUUGGUUUACCUGGACUCACGGGACUGAGGGGUUACCCAGGGCUGGAUGGUCACCUGGGACUUACUGGCUUACCAGGAUUUCCAGGAAAACGUGGACGACAGGGUCAGACAAGCUCGGUGGGACAGGAGGGAUCUGCUGGACGUCCAGGUCCCAGGGGAGAGAUUGGACUUCCUGGAACACUUGGAGAAAGAGGACCGCCUGGUCAGAAGGGAGACCUGGGACUGCAAGGGGACAGGGGAGCCUCGGGAAUCAAAGGCUUGGAGGGAGUUGCAGGUGACCAGGGCAGAAAAGGUGACCUGGGAACCAAAGGACAACCAGGGGAAGCUGGAUAUCUGGGAAUGGUUGGUUUACAGGGCUUUUCAGGGCCAACGGGGCCGAAUGGGGAUUUGGGAUUGAGAGGCUUCCCUGGCCCGAAAGGCCCAAUGGGCACUCUGGGAUUCACUGGACCUGUAGGGCCUGACGGAAUGAUGGGCCCCAUGGGAAAACCCGGGCCAAGGGGUCUGAAGGGAAGCAGUGGCGAAAUGGGGCCUCAAGGACCAGAGGGAAGUCCAGGACCUAGCGGACCUCCUGGUGCUCCAGGUCCAACAAGGCAGAUUUAUGUUGACUCGGCAGUCUAUGGUCUAUCUGACUCUAACACCGCCCUCAGGACAGAGAGUUUCCAGAACACAGAGAUGAGCCUGCCAGACCAGAAUACGAAGAUACUUAAGACCCUACGCUACCUAAGCAGUGUGAUUGAGAGCAUCAAACAGCCUCUGGGCACACGGGAGAACCCGGCUCGUGUCUGUAAAGAUCUGCUGGACUGUCAUCACAAGCUCAGAGAUGGUUGGUUCUGGAUUGAUCCAAACUUGGGCUGCACUUCUGAUGCUUUCAAGGUCUACUGCAACUUUACCGCAGGAGGGCACACCUGUUUACACCCAGUGACCUCUAAUAAGAUGGUGUUUGAUGUAGGGAAAGUCCAAAUGAAGUUUCUCCAUUUACUGAGUAGUGAGGCCAGUCACAGCAUCACACUCCACUGCCUAAAUGAUCCUCCAUACAGCACCACCGGAUCCUUACCGCAUGAGAACAGCACACUUCGGUUUCGUGGCUGGAACAAACAGAUGUUUGAGAAAGACACACUACUUGAACCACAUGUGCUACAAGACGAGUGCAAGAUCCAAGAUGGCAGCUGGCACCAGUCACGUUUCUUCUUCCAUACUCAGGACAGUCGUCAGCUACCUAUUCUAGACAUACAGGAGUUUCCCACAUCACAGUCCAAUAGUCAGCAGCAUAUAGAAAUCAGUCCAGUCUGCUUCCUCUGACACCAACAUCACCAUCCUGUAACCUAUUUACAUGAACUACUAAAAUGCAAGGCUGUUACAAAACAAUGCCUGCCUACCAAAGAGGGAGUGUCUGUGAGAUAUUGGUGCGUUUGUUGGAAACCGGUAGUGGGACCUGUCAGAGCAACAACUGCCCCAUGUCCAAUCGAAGGCAGACCUGCAUGGAAGAACUCAAUCUCUGUGAAAAAUCCAGGCCAAGAAGGCCAAAAGAUAAGAGUGUAUACCAAUAUUUAUCAUAAAUUGUAUAAAGUUUGUUUCGUUGAUAAUUGUUAGUCAAACGGUGCUUAGGUCUGCUGUGUAUGGACCCAUAUCACUCCCUGAUCACAGGGUAGGGUGUGACUAAGCAGCAGCCUAUCCAAACCCCAAAACUCACGCCUCCUUCUCACCCCUCACCCACAAACACACCCAGACUGUCCUAAGCAGAGGCCUAACUCGAAGGAGCGUGCCAGGCCUCUACAUAGGAGCACUGUCUAACUAAACGUUUUUAUGAGUGCAAUAGCAUGGCGAUAAUGUGUGACUGCUUUAAAUAUUUCAAUUUCCGAUCAAAGGAUUUAUUUUACAUUGUUUUCAUGAUAUUUUUGUCUUCGGUCCUGCUCAGUCGGACCUGUACAUCUUGACAGAUGGUGCUCUACCUCUACCUGCUCAUUUGCUUUCUAGAAUAGUUGCUAAUGUCAAGUUGGUCUUUUUUUUUUUGGCCUUUUUGUUGUAUGUACCGGUUACAUCAAGAGUUGUUAUGUUGUCCAAGUGCCUAUGUUGAUUUGGUCAUUUCUAAUUUAUGAACCAUUUUUUGAUACACUACAUAUUUUUGUAGCUUUUCCUUCUAUGUGGUAGGUUCUUCAGGGGAAACCUAUCAUUGGUGCUGCAACAUAGAAUGAGUCAUCAGUGAGUUUUUACAUUUCCUGUGUAUAUAUUGACAGCAUACUGUAUGUUUAUUUAUAUCCUUUUUGUUUUUUGUUCACAUUACUGAAACACAGUAAGUUAUACUCUCAGAGAACUAUUUGGUCAACCACAGCUCAGUCUAAAGAAGUAUUUAUGUUAAAAGGUGUGUUUUUGUCUUCACACCUGUGACUGCAUGUUUAUCACACUGUUAUUUUCGUUAAUUCGGGGGUGGUUAGGUGGACUGGCAGCUACAUGAGGCCAGAGUCAGAAUACACAGAAAACACAGUCAUAUUCUUAAGUUAUGUUACCUUGAACAAAGUGUAAUUAUAUAAGUCUGUGCAGGAUAAAUGUGGAUUCAAAUGUGUAAAUAAUAAUAACACGUUGACAAACAAAUAAAUGGAGCAUUUUAUCCA